AUACUUGUGGUGCACGAUUGGAACUUUGUGGACCGUUCUUUGAUGCUGGCCUCCCUACUGGCGGAUCCUGCCGGGUAUCCUGGUCGUGUUCGCGCGUACCCAACGAACACUAUCAACUUGUAGUCUCUCGUCAAGAAAUAGACUUAAGAGCUUUUGAUGUAGACCCUAGCAUGCCAAUUCCAGCCGUGACUUCCCAGAUUGGUUCGGUCAUGGUCAUAACAAGCCUUAAGUCCCCAAUGGGGCCCGAAGAAGAGGUCCUUCUUGCUUCCGCCCUGCAAACUUCACAACAGUCUUUCGAUGAGGAGGUGGACGGAGAAACCCCUUUCUGCCCUAAGCUUUUACCGACCCCGGGUCUUAAAGUACUCGAGUCCUACCUGGCAUCUCGUGACCUCGUCGGGGCUACUGCAGAUCAAGACUCCCCGCAGUUCUCCCGCCUGGCUGCAUUCUAUCGGGCUGUUGAGAUAGACCAACUACGACCGUGGAUGCUAUUGCAUCUGAAGGAGUUAGGUUUGUCAAAUUUGUUGGAAUUUACACAAAGCCAAGACGCGGAACCCAUUGCCAAACUUCGCGAUCUCUGGUCUACUGGAGCUAAUUUGUCCAGACAAAACCUAUUCGAAGGUAUUUUUGCGUGCCUCUGUUGCGGAGAGACGGGGCUGGCCUGUCGCAUUGCUGUGGCCGGUCAACUGCCAAGCAUGGCCAUUGUGCUCUCACAGGCUCCCAAUGGAGACCCCCAGUUCAAGCAUGAUAUACUGCGACAGCUUCAAACUUGGCAUGAGCUAAAAAUGGAUAAACGUAUCCCAAAGGUGAUACUUUCUAUCUACGCACUACUCGCCGGUCAGAUCCACCUUCCGCACCCUGAUUACGCCAACGAGGUUCUGGAUAUCCUUGAAGGAGUCAGUUACCAACAGGCUCUGGGUGUCCACCUCUGGUACCUGACGGACUACACAACGGGUUUGUUAGGCGCCCUGAAGCUCUUUUCAGAAAAUUGGCACUCACUAACUACUGCGGUCGCUCCACCCUGCCCUCCUACCGUCACAGACCUACACACAGCAGGGAAACCGCGAUCUACCGCAACUGCCAUAGGGAUGAUGCAGCCGAGGGUCUUAAAAUCUCGCGACUGGCCCCGAGACGUCGCCUAUCAUCUCCUACGAUUGAAAUGUCGCCGAUGGCACAGUCUUGAGAGAACACUAGACCCCACCUCCUUUUUGCUUCGCCAGGGCGACUGUCUGAAUCGCAACACACCCGCUCUCUCUGAUUGGUCUGCGUCCUGGCAUCUCUGGCGUGUUCUUUAUGCUCUUGGCUACCGCCAACUUAACCCCCUGGCCACCUCCCGCCUUCAUAGCGAGUUUGCUUGUCAGUUGGAGUCCUCCGGUCUGUGGCAUUGGGCUAUUUUUGUCCUUCUUCAUGAACAGGACCCGCGGGUUCGCGCGUCUAGUGUCAAACAGGUCAUCGGUCGUCACGUGUCCUUACAACCACGUGCUGUGCUGUCUCAAGGCAAGGAAAACGAAUUCUUUCACCUAGAUGAUCCAGAUACUGCUUGUCUUGCCCGUUCGCGAUUGGCCGGCUUGCCCUUUUCAGCCAAAGCCCGGAGGCGGCGACACCUGUUUGCCAGCCUGGAGGCGGCACACUGGUUGGCUGCAGACCACGUAGAUGCCGCUCACGAUGUCUGUCUUCGUCACUUACUUCCCGACUUCAUUUUGCAUUCGGAAUCUUCAGCCACUCUGCUUCCUACAUCAGCUAACUUUGGUAAAUCUAAAGCCAGUGGACUCCUGGCCUCAAGGUUGCUUAGCGUUUUGAAACCAUUCAUCCAGUUGCCGCCUGAGAAAUCUCCAUCCUCUUUCAACACAGGCAAGUCUGCCCACCCUACUUCUCAAAUUUAA